GAACUGCUACACUGUCAGGUUUCCGCCAGGACGUUAGGCUCUCAUCCCUCCCCUUCUUCCGCACCAUCCAUGUUGCCGACUAUUUCCUUACCUUCGGCGUUGCUUCCACCCAUCAAAUAUUUAGGAUUUUUGUUCCUUCGCGUCUUCGAAGCCUGCAUAUGACUCCAUCGUUGUGCCAGACUCCAUCGCCCUUGCUGAGAUGCUCUUCUUCUGUCACUUCACCCCCCUUAAUGAUUUGGGUGCGUCCUCUCUCCUUCAAAACCCACUCCGGCUUUCUGGUCUGCCAUCGUCGAUCGCCUCAUGUCUACAAUGCUUUCAUGGCACGGUUUUCUCCUAGGCUCGCUGGUCGAAUUGUUCACAUUUGACGCUGCUGCCCACAAGUCCAUCACCACCCACCGCCUCGCCAUAUUUCUCGUUCCGGAGAAGAUGCUAUACAAAUUGUCAUGCUUCGUCAAACCCUUUGGACUGCUGUCAGUCUUCUUGAGCUCUUGCUAGAUGGGGCGUUGUUGUGCAUUCCAAACCUCUACCGGACUUGUUUGCUGUUCCUCUCCAUCUCUAUCAGAGCCGCACUUCUCAAAUGGUGGCGGAGGCUGCCCAGAAUGCUCCCGUUCGUGCACCACAAGUAUUGCAUUGAGGACCGCGCUUUCAUCCCGGUCGCCUGAUGCCCCUUGCUCCUCCAUGGAGCACACCUGGAAGGGCAUUUCAGUUUCCGCGGCCUUCCACCACAUCAUUAUGCUUCUCCUAUUAAGGAGUGCAAUGCACGCCUUCUUGGGCUUCGACUUUGUGGCUCAGCUUUUCAAUGGUUGCUCCUCCAUUCCCGCCUUAAUGCCAUCUUGCAGCUUCAAAGAUUAAGAGACCACCUUCCAGUGAUUUGCUUACCAUUGAUCGGGCGUGGACAAUACCCACCAUCUCUUCCUUCACCUCGACUUCACGUAGCGUCUUCUGGCCCUCGCCUGGCCAUCGAUCUCUUCCACUGAUCAUGCCUCCAACACCUUCAAGCAUCGCCUCCUCUUCGACCCUCAGUGGUCAGCACCCACUGCGCCUUCCUUUGUUAGGUCAUCCCUUUCAGGGUCAUAGUAGGGGUCUCUGGGAAGAGGGAAACAGAAACAAUAGGCUUCUCCAAACUUUCUUCCACCUUGCUUUCCAUCUUAGCCCCAUCUAACGCCCUCUGCGGACUUUUACUUGUUUUCUGACUUAUUUUAAAACGUAAGAUGUUUUUAUAUAUUUUUAAUUUUAGGUAUAAUUAAGGUACAUUUUAGGUAAAAAUUGAACACGUAGUUGGUAAAAGUGAAUGCUUUUUGUUUGGUUUUAGUUAGAUAUAUAAACUGGACUUAAUCCCAGAUCAAAAUUUUAUCAUGUAAAUUGGUUCUUCUUAUGAAUACAGCCUCUCAAGAUGUUCACGUAAGUGAACUCAUAAUUGAUAGUUUGACAUGGUCUGACCAUUGUUUCUUAUAUAUAGGUAAAAUCUUGAACGCGUUUCACAAUUUACGUUUUUCGUAAAUUUAAGUUGUUUUGGAUUUGAAUCCGCAAUGGCUCCCGCCAUGACCGAACUGUUUUGGUGGCUUGUAAUCGCGGAGUGUCCGCGCCGUCGAUUCGGAGGGACGUCACACUUCUAUGCUCCUCAAUGCUCUGAACGGAAGACUGAGACUCAAGGCCAGCAAGAAGACGCUCUCCCUCCUUGAAGAAUGCCUCCUCUCCAUGCGCCAUGUGUAUCAGAUCCAUGCCCACAUCAUUACAAGCGGGCGCUCCUCCGACAAGUUUUCUCUCAGCAAGCUCAUUGCCUUCUCUGCCAUCUCCCCCAACGGCGACCUCGCCUACGCCCUGUCCCUCUUCCGUCUGAUCCAUCAUCCGAACAUCUUCAUGUGGAACACCAUGAUGCGAGGCUGCGUGGAGAAAGAUCGACCCGUCUUGGGGCUGUCUCUAUACAAGCAGAUGGUGGACGGCGGUGAUCGCCCCAACAACUACACUUUCUCUUUCCUCCUUAGAUCGGUUGGAGGCAUUCGCGGUUUGGUUGAAGGGAGGUGCGUCCAUGGUCAGAUUGUUAAGCUCGGGUGGGCAUCUUAUGAUUUCGUGCGGAACGGCUUGAUUCACGCGUACGUGGUUCUUGGACUUGUGGACGAUGCGAGGCAAGUGUUUGAUGAAAGUCCCGAGAAAGAUGUUGUUUCUUGGACUGCUGUUGUUAAUGGCUACGCGAAAGCUGGACGAAUUGAAACCGCGCGAGUCUUGUUUGAUGAAAUGCCAGAGAAGAAUGCUGUUUCAUGGAGCGCCAUGAUCGCUAGUUAUACGCAACUUGGUUUAGCAAACGAAGCACUAGAGAUGUUCCGCGAGAUGCAGCUCGCUGGGCUGAGGCCGAACUAUGCGGCAAUUCUGAGUGUAUUGUGUGCUUGCGCACAAGUGGGGGCGCUGGAACAAGGGAAAUGGAUCCAUUGUUACGUGGGUAGGCAGGGAAUGGAGUUAGAUUGCGCAGUUGGUACGGCCUUGAUUGACGUUUAUGCCAAAUGUGGAUAUAUAGACAUCGCCCAUCAAGUCUUUGUUCAGAUGCCUGAGAAAGAUGUGUGUGCAUGGACGUCGAUGAUUUCUGGUUGUGCAAUGCAUGGGCAUGGCGAGCGUGCAAUUCAACUGUUUUUUGAGAUGCAGAGAAAUGGAGUGAGACCAAACGAGGUGAGCUUUAUAGGUGUCUUAAGUGCAUGUGGGCAGGUUGGUUUGGUGGAAUAUGGUAGACGAUGCUUUGAGAACAUGACUCGUGUUUUCAACAUUACUCCUGGAAUUGAGCAUUAUGGAUGUAUGGUCAAUCUCUACGGCCGGGCAGGGAUGCUAGAAGAUGCAAGGGCGCUCGUCCAGACCAUGCCAGUAAAGCCCGACGCUUAUGUGCUGGGAGCACUGCUUGGUGCUGCUAAGAUGCAUGGUGAUGUUGAGCUAGCAGAACAGAUGGCCAGGAAGCUCGGCGAGUUGGGGAUCGAUCAUGGUGGUGUUCACGUCCUUCUUUCUAACAUGUAUGCUGCUGCCCAAAGAUGGGAGGAUGUGGCUAGAGUAAGGAAGGGAAUGGAACAAAAGAAGGUAAAAAAGACUCCAGGAUGUAGUUUAAUUGAAGUGGAUGGUGAAGUUAUUGAGUUUGUCGCAGGAGACAAGUCCCACGCGUUCAUGAAGGAGGUAGAAUUGCUGUUGUAUGGAAUGGACAAGCAGUUGAAGUCCCUAGGAUAUGUUGUCGACAAGAGCCAGUUUAUUCUUGAUGUGGAUUUCACAUACUAAACGUGGACAUAAAGAUGAGAAAAUUUUGUAAUAGUUAAUUUAAAAUGUGUACAUUGUGCUCAUUAGUAAUUUGUGAUUUCACAACUCACAAGUUUCAUUUGUA